AUGGACUUAAACCAGGACGUUUCCGAAGACGAUAGUGAUUUUUCUUGCGAGGACGAAUGCGUGGAUGUCACGUCCCAGGAUGAGGAUAAUGAAACUCAGUAUGGACGAUCUGAAGAAAUGCCGCCGGACCCGGGACUUCUAAGCUUCAUUUCAGCUUCGCAGCUGUCACCGAAUCGAAAUUUAACUCCACCGUCGGCGGAUCAUUACAAUCAGCUUCACCAGCUUCAUCAAGGAAUACCGCCUUCAUCUGUUCUCUACGCCAACUGGAUUAAUGCAGCUGAAGCUAAGAGUUCUAGUCAUUUGUUCAGUUUGCAAGGUUUGGACCGCAAACCUCGCCAGGCUUACAGCGCCAAACAGCUGGAACGCCUGGAAACCGAAUUUAAAGUGGACAAAUACCUGAGCGUCAGCAAAAGACUGGAACUAUCAAAGGCUUUAGGCCUUACGGAAGUGCAAAUAAAAACCUGGUUCCAAAACAGACGCACCAAGUGGAAAAAACAACUGACGACGCGGUUAAAAAUGGCGCAACGGCAAGGCUUGUUCCCGCCACAUUAUUUUUCGCCUGGAAACUCGGCGCAGUAUUCUGCAUUGUUGGCGCCCUACUACACGCCACUGACUUGCGUGUUCGGCGUCCCGAACAUAGAGGACGCCACUGUGCCAGUUUCAAUGAACAACACUGUUUAA